AAUUCAGGCUCCCCGCUCUAACCAUUUUCAGCUGCCAGCCUGAACAGUAAGCCAUGAAGAACGCUUUCCGUUCUAAGGUGAUGUGGCGCCUAAGUACCGAAGGCGGCCCGCUUGUGGCGGCGCCGCCGCCGCAAAAAUAUCAAAUUUCCUUUCUGCUUGCAUCCAUGGAAUUUUCCUAUCUUUUGGAAUCCCCGACCACAAAACGUCACCAUCCUCCUCCUGUCUGUCCCGCCGCUAACCCUAAUCUCCAACCCCCAAUCUCUUACAAUCCUCACAAAAACAAGUCUUCAACCCUGAUAGAUCCUCGACCUUCCCUUUGCACCGAAAAAGGCCCUAAAUCCCACCUUUCCCAAUGGUCAGAAAUCAGCGUCAAAAUCAGGAUGAAAUAUCAGCGAUCCGGAGUAUCCGGAUACCCAAAUCUUGAUUUCCCUUCCAUAUCGCACCUGCAUACCGUAUAUUCCCGCCCCUGUUCGAGCGGCAGCUUUCCAGCCGAAACGCAUCAUAAUACACACCGCUCGCUCAUAGGCUCAUUUCUCUGCCGUGUUCUGACUGUUUCUUGUGAAUACGACGUUGGAAGUAUUGCCUUGAUUCUCAAGACAACCUCGGGUGAGAACCGAGUCCGACAGGACUCGUAUCUCCAAAUGUCCAGAACGGCAAUUGAUAAAGAUGAGAGCUUCAUAAUGUUCAAUUCAGUCGCUCUGUUCAGUCCAUUUUCCAUCACUCAACUGGCGGCGAAACCGACGACCCAAAGGAAGUCACGACGCCCGCCACUAAAUUACAAGGGAAAAAAACUGAUUCGAAUCCGAGAUCCACAAUCCUCCCACGCCGGCGCCAAGCAUAUCAUUUUUCCGUGA